AUGACUUGUGAGGAUCGACUUUAUGGAGCUGAAGAGCUUGCAUGGGAUCAUUGUAAGGUACCGGUCAGCCUUAUCUACCAUGUCUACAUUGUAUUCUCUGUUAUAUUCUUGUGCUUAGCUGCAUGGACAGCCAGUUAUGAGCUACCGUUAGAUACAAACAACUUCGAAGAAUAUAUAGAAGAGAUAACGCACGAACGAUCAAAAUAUUCCAAUGGGACCCUUUAUAUGAGUGAAGUGAUAGAAUCACUACACGCAGGACACCCUCUCCAUAUGCUCUAUAAAAAUUCAAUGCUCCGAUACGAAUAUGGAUCCACAUACUUCAAUUAUUGCGAGCUUAGAAAGCAACCACGCAGAUCGUUACCGUCUCUGCUGCGAGUUAUGGAAAUGAAGAUUGGUCCACAAACAUGUCUUCGAAUAAUCGUCUUAGCGGGUCUCCAUAUUAAGAUGAUCAUGAUCAUGGCUCAAUCGAACACAAGAUAUCUGUUGCUGGGUGAACGACGAAUACUGUGGUAUUUAUCACGUUUUCCUCCUUUGUUGGAAAUAACAGCUACCUCAUUUUUAAUGUUGAUACUGUGCUUGCAGCAAGAUCAAGACAAAGGCAGUAGCACGCAUGAAGAUGUGGAACAGUGCAGUGAGAAGACAACAGAAGAAGAUGUUUAUUGA